AUGGCCUUUAAUUCUAUACAGGAUGCAUUUACAAUAACGCUGAGGACGCCGCUUUGCCGAUUUUCAUCGCGACAAACAGCCACUGAAGAGACACAUACACAACCUCUUUAUACGGCCAGGCCGAUUUACUUGGAUUUAAAAACUUGUGUUUACACAAAUCUAAUCCCUGAGUGGCUCUUUGUUUCCACCCUUGGCCCUAUGGGUGAGCAGAACACGCCUCCAUGUUUGCGGACCCCUUUCCUGACAUUUCUUGAUCCCCAGGCAGUCAAUCAAGCCAUCACCACCUCUAACGACCAAGCUUCCCCUGAGCAUCCCCCACAAGAGGAUUCCACCCAGUCACCUGCGCUACUCCCUGUAGAAGCUGUUGAGGAGUCCAGACCUACUGUCCAGGCUCUCAAAUCCUACCUCACAAUGCUCGACAACCACGACCAUCUCCAAGAGGGAGCAGUGGAAAGAGGUCGACUCCCUGCUGAGCUGAAUCCAACUGGGGGACAAGCUGAAACCAUUGAGGGCGAGCCCAGCGAUCCGCUCCAGGUCGAACACUCUCCCCAGGUUGAGAAUGAGGACACAUCCAAGUGCCCUCGAUCUCCUGGACCGGAUGACGGACCUGAGUCCAUCUCUUCCAAGCGAUGUAUCGACCCCUCACGCUUCCCCUGGAUCAUCCAGGAGGAGGUUGACCUGGCCCCACUCUCACUCGAGCUCAGACAGACACAGACCUGCCUCGAAAACUUCGCCUGGGAUCCGAAAUUCAUAGUGUUUGAAAGUCCGGUUCGGUCCGGUUUUUGA